CUCAUUUUGCAUUCAAGGACCUGACGCGCACACGCGGCAAACGACAUGCAACAUAGUCAUUGCCAAAAUUAUCUUGUUUUUAGUUGGACGCCCGCCCUCGUACACAAAACAUUGUGUUUUGUGCGACAGGAAGAGAAGUAAUUUUUGCGGAUUGAAAAGCCAACGAAGUUUAGCAGCCACCGUCAGUCGAGCACAAAGCCACAAAAAUGAGAUUCGCUGUCGUGAUCCUGGUCGUACUUUCAGUUGCCUUGCUCACCUGGGCUCAGACUUCACCAGCCAACUGGUAUGAUAUCUUCAGUAAGAAUGAGAAGCUUUGCAGGAAGGAAAACAACAUUUCCGAUACAGAAAAAAUCGAGGAACUGACCAAAAACUCUAAGUCGAAGCAUAAGUGCUACGUUAAAUGCCAGUAUUUGAAAAACAUUGGAGAGCAAAUCACUAAUAAGGACAAUUUCAUCAACAAAGUCAUGAAGAUGUUUACGGAUAUGAAUGCCGCUGUUAUCAAAAAGAGAGGGCAGUCGAUGGUUGACCAACACCGCACCAUUGUCAAGCAGUGCUAUCCAAAGAAUGCCAAAAACGACUGUGAUACCUACUGCAAUUUUUCCUUAUGCACUAGCGAAGAGUACAGGGCAAUGUCUACGUCAUCUUCUACACCCUCCUAGCUCUAAGCUGACUCCAACAUAAUGUAUUGCUUCAAAUUUAAACGGUCUAAGGGAAGAGUGUUUUGAAAUAAAAGUGUGCCCCAAUAAUAA